UUAGUAACAGCGAGCGGUCCAAGUCUCUAACAGAUGGCGAAUGUGGCGUACGGCAGGAUCGAGGACGAUCGUGCCGCGUGGCGACUGACGAUUAUUGUUGCAUCAGUAUUAUAUGAAUUAAGACUAAAUAAAUUGUCUUUAUUGUUCUAUACAGAGAGUCGAUUGAAAGGAGAACAAAAAGUUGACAUUUAUUGAAACCAAAUUUAUUAUAAAUCUAUUGGUACUAGUAUACAGCAUUUGCCGUUUGUGCGUGCCAGAAAAAUUUCUCGGAAAAGCGUAUGUAUAAUCACAUAUUUUCUUAAUGGAUAAAAAACGGAAAAGAUUUUCAUGUUACUCUCAAAGACAUAUUCGAAGAUUGAUUGCACAAAAUACUGCUAUAGAUGUAGAUAGUAAUAUAGUCGAACCAACACCAGGUUGUUCUUAUGUAUCUUCCACUGAAAAAAAAAUUUCAGGCAAAAUAUUUCAAAAUCAAAAUGAUAAUACAAUUCCAAAAUCAAGUACCGAUUCUGAUAGUGACGAUGAUAAUUUUGACAAUAAUGUUAACUUUAAUAUUGUUAAUAAUAUAGAUUCAACAGAAAAUAUCGAUGAUGUACGUUUAUCUGACGAAGUUGAAGAUUAUUUACAGUCAACAAGUGAAGUUGAAGAGUUUGAGUCAGAAAGUGAAUCGGCAAAUGAAAUUGAUAAUGCAAAUGUACAAAAUUAUAAUGAUUUUAAAAAAGAUUUGUGUCAUUGGUUUAUAAAUGAUCGUAUAUCGCAUAAAUCUGUACGCAAUUUAUUGGUUAUUUUACGGAAACGUACAGGUUUGCCAUUUCCUAAAGAUCCGCGGACUUUGCUAAAUACUCCCAGAAAUGUCGAAUAUAUUCCUGCAGAAAUGAAGUAUUAUCAUUUUGGUUUUAAGAAAGCUCUUACGAAAAUGCUGCGAGAACAUGUUCAUCAAGUUGGUCCCACUAAUAUUCUUAAAGUUUUUAUAAAUAUUGAUGGAUUACCGAUUACGAAAUCUGGUAAUGCUUCUUUGUGGCCUAUAUUAUGUUCGAAUUCUGUUACGAAAUCGGUAUAUAUUGUUGAGGCAUACUAUGGCGAAGCAAAACCUGCAAAUAAUAAUCUCUUCUUGCAACAAUUUGUCGAUGAAGCAAUUUUAGUAAUAAAUAAUCCAUCAAUUAAUGAUGACGGACAAAGAGUUGAAAUUAAGAUCCAUGGGUUAAUAUGUGACGCCCCAGCUAAGUCUUUUAUUUUAAAUAUUAAAAACCAUAAUGGAUAUAAUAGUUGUACGAAGUGCACUAUUCAAGGAAAGUACAUUAACGGACGAGUAUGUUUUCCUACAGAAAAUUUUGCUUUAAGAACUGACGAAGAUUUUAGAAAUUAUAAGUAUGAUCAUCAGAUAGGAGAAACAAUAUUAAACAGUAUUCCUAAUUUUAAACCUGUAACAGACGUACCGCUGGAUUAUAUGCAUUUAGUGUGUUUAGGAGUUGUCAAAAAACUAAUUUUACUUUGGCAUAUUGGACCAAUUCAGUGAAACUUUCAAAUUAUAUGAAACAAAUGAUAUCAGACGCAUUAAUUAAUUUACGAAACACAGUGCCUUCUGAGUAUCAUCGAAGACCGAGAUCUUUGAAAGAUUUUAGACUAUGGAAGGCAACUGAAUUUCGCUAAUUCCUUUUAUAUACUGGUCCGGUCGUACUAAAAAAUAUUUUAAGAAAAUAAAUUUAUUUAAAUUUUUUAAGUUUACAUGUUGCAAUGACUAUUCUUACAAGCCCAAUUCUUUCAAAACAUAUUGUUAAUGUAGACUAUGCGCAAAGUUUAUUAGAAUAUAUUGUUAAUUUAUUUACUCAAAUUUAUGGUGAGCAAUACGUUUCUCAUAAUAUUCACAAUUUGUUACAUAUUUGUACAGACGUUAAAAAGUAUGGUUCUGUAGAUGAGUUUAGUGCAUUUCCGUUUGAAAAUCACAUGACAUAUAUUAAAACACUGAUUCGUAAACCAGAUAAACCUCUUCAGCAAUUAGUAAAACGGUACGCCGAAAUAGAAAUGUUGGGUUUUAAGACCUUAAAUUCCAUUAACUGUUAUAAUAACAUGAGUUUCAAAAAAUCUCACAAAGCCGGACCUCUCAUAGACGGAUAUAAUGUUGUUUCUCAAUUCAAAAUACUUCAGACUAAUUCAUACUCAAUUCACUGCGCUAAUCAACAAAAUAAUUGUAUACUUUUAGAAAAUGGAAAUGUAAUUUUAGUUUUAAAUUUUGUAAAAUCUGAAGAUU